GCGGCGCUCACUUGGAGCGCGGCGAGCGAGCGAGACGAGCCUAAUCCAUGUCCCUCGCUGCCUCCCUGCCAGGCGCGCGAAGAUGAUGGCCAUGAACACCAAGCAGCCUUUCGGCAUGCACCCGGUGCUUCAAGAACCCAAAUUCUCCAGCCUGCACUCCGGCUCCGAGGCCAUGCGCCGAGUCUGUCUCCCAGCCCCGCAGCUGCAGGGUAAUAUAUUUGGAGGCUUUGAUGAGAGCCUGCUGGCACGCGCCGAAGCUCUGGCGGCGGUGGAUAUCGUCUCCCACAGCAAGAACCAUCCCUUCAAGCCCGACGCCACCUACCAUACCAUGAGCAGUGUGCCCUGCACGUCCACUUCGUCCACCGUGCCCAUCUCCCACCCGGCGGCGCUGACCUCGCACCCGCACCACGCGGUACACCAGGGCCUCGAGGGCGACCUGCUAGAGCACAUCUCGCCCACGCUGAGCGUGAGCGGCUUGGGUGCCCCUGAGCACUCAGUGAUGCCGGCGCAGAUCCACCCGCACCAUCUGGGCGCCAUGGGCCACCUGCACCAGGCCAUGGGCAUGAGUCACCCACACGCCGUGGCGCCUCACAGCGCCAUGCCCGCAUGCCUCAGCGACGUGGAGUCGGACCCGCGAGAGCUCGAGGCCUUCGCCGAGCGCUUCAAGCAGCGGCGCAUCAAGCUGGGAGUGACCCAGGCGGACGUGGGUGCGGCUCUAGCCAACCUCAAGAUCCCUGGCGUAGGCUCACUCAGCCAGAGCACCAUCUGCAGGUUCGAGUCUCUCACUCUCUCGCACAACAAUAUGAUCGCGCUCAAGCCGGUGCUCCAGGCCUGGCUGGAGGAAGCCGAGGCAGCCUACCGAGAGAAAAACAGCAAGCCGGAGCUCUUCAACGGCAGUGAGCGGAAGCGCAAACGCACGUCCAUCGCGGCGCCGGAGAAGCGCUCACUCGAGGCCUACUUCGCCAUCCAGCCGCGGCCCUCGUCCGAGAAGAUUGCGGCCAUUGCUGAGAAACUGGACCUUAAAAAGAACGUGGUGAGGGUCUGGUUCUGCAACCAGAGACAGAAACAGAAACGAAUGAAGUACUCGGCUGUCCAUUGACUGCAGCGGGUGGCGCAGCGUCCGGGGCCGGGAGAGCUGUGUGCACGUCCCAGGGGUACGGUUAUGGGG